AUGGGAGCGCCACAUCAUUCGACAAUUUCCCGUUGGUAUGUAGAAUUCAAACUUGGACGCGUGAUUCUUAGCGACGAUGCCAGGGUGGGUGCACCAAAAACGGCAGUCACCCAGGAAAACGUCGAUGCUGUGCGCAAACUCAUCAUUGAAGAUAGACAUAUGACAUAUCGCAAGAUUGAGGCGAGUAAGAAACUAGUUUCUCGUUGGAUACCCCUCCUGUUGACUGAAGAGCAGAAAGCAGCCAGGGUUAAUUGGUGUCAAAAAACGCUUGACCAUUUCAAUUCCGGAAACAAAACGGGUCAUAUUGCAACAAUUCCUCUUAAUGAGAAAAGAACUGUUACUGCGGAUCGGUAUACCACCAUUUGUUUACCAAAAGUCAUCACCGAGCUUCGAAAAAUCAACCCCGAAAGAAGAAUCAUUCUCCACCAAGACGAUGCAAGCUCACACACUGCCCAGAAAACAAGGCAGUAUUUAACGGAAGAAAACGUGGAAUUAUUGGACCAUCCUCCAUAUAGUCCCGAUCUAAGUCCUAACGAUUUCUUUACUGUCCCGAAAAUUAAAAACAGACUGCGUGGUCAAAGAUUCCAGUCACCAGAAGAAGCAGUUGACGCAUUCAAAAAUGCCGUUUUGGAUCUGCCAGCAAACGAGUGGAAGAAGUGCUUCGAAAACUGGUUCGAGCGCAUGCAGAUGUGUAUUAAUCUUCGUGAAAUUUUGUUUAGGGUUGAGAAGUACUUUCGUCCGCAUGACCUUCUCACUCUAUACAAGGCACAGAUAAGGCCUAGCCUCCAGUAUUGCUCACACGUUUGGGGUGCUGCUACAUUAUCCAUGCUCGAUGCUGUCCAGAGGAGGGCGGUCCGACUGAUCGAUGACUCUUAUCUAACAGACACGGGCCGUCGCGUCGGCGAUCUAGCUCUUUUCUACCGCUACACCAACGGGCUUUGCUCCUCAGAGCUCUCUUCCAUGAUGCCGCCGCCCGAUGUACCUGCCAGACAGACCUGCCUGACUUUGGCGUCCAAUCCUAACCGUGUCGAACUUCGUACAUCCAGAACUGGCCGAUGCGACCACUCCUUUGUCCCGAGGGAAGCUUUUCCCAGUUCUACUAACCUUGGGCAGCUCAAAAAUCGUAUUCACAAAAGUUCUUUGGGAUCAUCAUAG